UAACGAUUCUCUUUCACCUCAUUCACCCCUGCCUCUCCUCUUUACCCUACAUUUCCCGUAACUAGACACCUACAACACCCCUCAAGAAAUCAAUGCCCGGCCGCCUCCAAAACAAAGUCGCCAUCGUUACCGGCUCCGCCUCUGGCAUCGGCCGCGCCAUCGCCCUCCUCUUCGCCGCAGAAGGCGCCUCGGUCAUCGUCACCGACUUGCAAGAAUCCUCUCUCCUCGCUGCCGCAGAAGGCACAGACGGACACCUGACUACCGUCCAAGAGAUCGAAAAAGCCGGGGGUCGCGCCGCCUUCGUGAAAGCCAACAUCUCCGUUGCGUCCGAUGUCGAGGCCCUCGUCGAGGAGGCCAUCACGCUAUUCGGCAGGCUGGACAUCAUGGUGAACAACGCAGGGACGGGUGAGGACAGGAAAAAGAUCUGGGAGUAUCGCGAGGAGCAGUGGGAUAAGAUUUUGAAUAUCAAUUUGAAGGGUGUGUUUUUGGGGACGAAGUAUGCAAGUAGGCAGAUGGUGGGGCAACAGGCAGGCCCAUCCGGGGAUAAGGGGUGGAUCGUAAAUAUUGCGAGUAUCUGGGGGCUUGCGGGGCAGUCAAACUACACGGGCUACACGGCUGCGAAACACGGCGUUAUCGGGCUGACGAAGACGGCGGCGCUGGAUUGUGCGCCGCACCGCAUCCAUGUUAAUGCGCUGUGUCCUGGCUUCACCAAUUCGGCAAUGACGCAUCAUGUGUUUUCGGAUGAGGCACUGAAAUCCCAUUUACUCGAGAGGCAUCCGUUCCGCGGAUUGGGCGAGGGCAAGGACAUUGCGAGAGCAGCGCUGUUCCUGGCGAGCGAGGAUGCUUCGUGGAUUACUGGAGUCGGGAUACCGGUCGACGGCGGAUACAGCAGUAUGUAA